AACGCUUAUUCAUUUAGAAAAUAAGGAAGACAAUAGCAUCGCACGCGACAAAUCGAGUGAAAUCAUUUCCACUAAUAAAUAAGAAUAGAUUGCUUUUUUUGUAAAAAAAAAUUGCUAUAUUUCCGUCAGCCGAAUUGGCUUUAAGUAGAAGGAAUAGUUUUUUUAAUUUGUACAAUGUUCUAACACGGACCUCCUGCAUAGGAACCAGUUGAAUCACAAAAGCAAUACCGUAGCCAAAUGCAAGAUUAUGGCAGCGAGGGUUCGAGUAAGCCUGGUGAGAGCCGCGGCGGGAAAGCGGAGGCGGGCAGGGCGAGCGCGCACCACGGCGACUGCUACCAAGGACCCUCGCAUCAGUAUCCCUUGAUGACGCAGAAGACCUUUAGUGGCAGCAGCAAAGAAUUACCUGAACAAAACCCUGGAAAUUACAGCAGAGGUACUCCUGGAAUAUACGAAACCUCUUCCUCCAGCCAGCAGUAUCAGAAUCCAAGGUACAAUAAUCCAUCGGUUCCAACAUUCAGCUCACCACCUAAUUCUCCUCUCGUGGGUUUGGUUUUUGACCCUUCUUCAUCGAGCUACAGCGGACCGGGGAUAAUGACUGAUCGUCUUAAUUCUGACAGACGCUCUCAGAGUUCGUGGUCCACUUCUAACCAGGAGCCGAUUGGAACCGGAGCCAAAAAGAAAAUCGUAAAGAGUCAAGACACAAAGAAUGCUUACAGUAGUGAUAUUCGUUAUCACGAACGAUACAAAGACAACAGUACCGAAAUAGAACGUUUAAGAAAACAGGACAAGACACUGAAAUCUGAGUCUACGUCAAGUCUUGACUUUUUUCUCGAAGGUGAAAGAAUGGUUUCGGAACUCUGUAAUAUAUCCGAUCCAAAUGCAAAUCUACGAAGCGAUGCUGGUAAUUCCAAACAGAAUACAAAGACGAUUAAUCAAGAAGAUGAUAAAAAUAGCCGCUGUGGAUCGUCCGAUGUUCUUCUGACUGCUUUAGAUAAAAUUGUUAUUCACGAUCAGAUUCCAAACCAAAUCGUACAAUUAGCUAUAGAAGCCUGCACAGAUGCUGAAAAUAUAGCAAUAGCGCAUCACAACAGGCCCUGCUUCAAAAAUAUACAUUCCAUUUGCGCCAAAACUAGAUCCAAUGUUCAAAAACCAGACAGCGCAGUCGCCAACUUACAUUCCCAAGGCAUACCGUGGGUAAUAAAAAACUUUAUUUUCUCCUUUGUACGUAUUCUCGACGGUUGGAAAGGUGUUAAAGAAUUGCUGAGCGAAAAACACGACACAUUCUCGAGAAUUGAAAACAAAUACUACAGCCCUAAUAUACGAGAAUGCUUCGUCCAAUGGCAAGCGGUCACUAAAGAAAUGUUGACUCAUAUUUAUAAAACUUUCAAAUGUCUAGACCAUGGCUUUACAAUGGAGCAAAAAAGUUUCACUCAUAACUAUUAUGCCACAAAUUCCGCAGCUCCUAGACACCAAAAUCCAAAUAAAUUUCAACAAACUAAGCCACAUGUUAGUACCCCGAGACCAGUUAACGUGUCACCUCAACUUUACAACGCAAUACAGCCGCCGUGGAUUCAAAAUCAAAAUCAAGUCGUUUGUCAAUCAUUUAACGAUGGGCCUUGGCCGGCUCGAUCAGGGGUGAGCUAUAAAAAGUUUCCCGUAGCACCACCGCAGAAUUCCCAUAACUUUUAUCCCCUGAGCGAUCAAUCUGAAAUAGACUCGUUUCAAAGAUCUCAAAUAAAAUGCGACCCUUGCAACGUUCGCGAGACGAAACCUCGCCAAUCUUGGACUAUUUCAAAUAUGCCUGACUUCCGUGUUUUAGAAAGCAUGUGUUACGCGGAUCAAAGAGAAUUAUACAACCAACUUAAACAUAAAAUGGAUGCAGAACUCGGCAAGGCUCCUGGUCAACCUCUUUUGGGAAAUACGCCAUGCGAUAUGAUGCACCGUAAAGACUUAGAUCUUAAAGCUAAAAUGAUACCUUUAAGUCACGUGGAAAAAACUUUAAUUCCAAGCAUGGCAUCGAAUAACGAAGUACGAGGAUGUUAUGUACAAAAAAAUAAUAGUUGUGGCGACACAAAAGAAGAGGCUGAUUUUUUUGCGGCGUGGGGUCAGAUGGUUCAAAAAGAACCCAAUGAAUUUAUAACUCAUCAUUCGCACAACAUUCAGAUUCCGUCUAAUGUUGUGCUUCCUACUAAUAUAUCUGGCCCCGUGCAAUUUAUUGAUCCUGAAAAUGAUGAGUUUCAUGAAAUGAGUAAAGUUUAUAUGAAACCUGGAAGUUAUAAAGUUCCAAUAAAACCUGCCGAUCCUGUUACACCUUUCGGUAUAGGUAAUUCUCAAGACGUAACCUUUGAUAACUGCAUUGACGAUAAUGCAGCUAUGAAAUUGAAAGUACCAUUUCCUCCAGUAACAUUGGCACCGCAGCCAAAAUAUAAUAUGGAAUCAUGGCCGUGUUUGAUACCCAGACGUUCGGAUGACGUAAUGGGUGAAGAUCAAAAAAUGGUUGCCAGACCGUUACUACCAGGUUUGGACUUAAGAAACGUAGAUACUCUGGAUGUUCUGAGCGCGUUGACAUCAGACCGUGCAUGGGAAGCUGCAAAACAAUCGGUGCCAAAAUUUGUAGAUCUUUUACAGGAGGGUUCUAAAUCAGAUACAGCUCGAUUGUAUGAUGCUUUAGGACUUGGUGGCAGCGACGAAUAUUCCGAUGAGUUUAAAGAGGCAAAAAGCAAAAUAGAAAGUAACGACCUUGGACCUUGGACGACAGAAGCACACAAUAAGAAUUUUGCAAUGAAAUCCUUACCUGAUUUAUGGGAUGUAGACAAAGGUAAUGCAGUGCAAAGCGAGUGCACGGGUCAGCCGCACACUGAUUGUGGCACGACUAAAAACUCGGACCAAGAAAUAAAACCGUUCGAUAGAAAUGAAUACAAUGAGACAUCUUUACCUAAGAAUGCAGAAACGAAAGAGAAUGUACGUUGUCCUAGUUUUGAUCAUACCGGCAACUAUAUUCGAGACGACAAGGAGAAGAAAUCUAUUGGUAAAUCCAAGGUAUCUGUAUCCGGCAUGUGGUACCAUCCUAAAAAGAAGAAGCCUCUUCCGGCUUCUGUUAAUAAAAAAUUUGAAUAUAUUUUGAAAAAGUUUUCUCAAAUUAAUGAAUAUACUUUUAUUCAACACGAUAUGGAUAUAAAAGUGGCUCCGAGAUUUUAUGAAGUUGUCAAAUAUCCAAUGUGUCUUCACGAUAUAUCAACUAAAUUGAAAAAUUCCUCGUACAAUGAUUAUGACCAAGUCGUUCAAGAUUUUAGACGAAUCUUUAACAACGUUAGACUGUAUCUUAAGACGUAUCCAGAUGCAGCAAUGAAGAAAAAUAUAAACAAACUUUCAGCGGACUUUGAUAGAAUGUUGAACGAUGAAUUUCAGAAUAAAUCAGAGUCUAAACCUAAAGCUCAAGAUGGGAUCGAGAAUCUUGAUAAUUGCAGCAAGAAAACUGAAAAAGACAAUAUUCCUAAAAAUAACGAACAUAAUACUGAAACAAACAGGAAAGAUUCCAAGCCCAAAUGAGGUACUGAGAGGUGGACGUCUCAAUUAUGUUAUGGUCAGUUGAAGUAAAUUUUAACA